GGGCUGACGGCCUCGGCCAGGGAAUUUCAAUUUUGAGUCAAACUGAGGGAGACGGUGCGCGGGGACGAGCUGGACGAAGGCAGGGCAACUGGUGAUAAUGACGACUGAAGGUGGUUCAGAUAGUGAAGUAAAAGAAUCAGAGAAUCUGAGGACUAACACAGGAAGUGAAAAUGCUGGGGAUGCACCAGAAAGUCAAGAAGAUCAACAACAAAUAGAAGAAGGUUCUCCUGUCCUUCCAACUGUAGCUACCCAAAAGAGCCCUAAAAGCUCAGGUGGAAAGGGCAUUUCUCGUUUUAUCCCCCCCUGGCUUAAGAAACAAAAAUCAUACAGCAUAUCAGAACCCAAAGAUGAAACUAAGAAAAGAGAGCAUCUAGCAUCUGAAGAAGAGACAGCAGUGGAUGAAGGAGAAUGUCAUCUCUCAGAAGAAGAAGCUCAAUCUAAAGGAAAAUUAGAGGACAUUUCUGAGAAUCUUCAAGAAGCUGAAGUGGAUGGUGAUAAAGAAGAAAAACAUGUUGAGUCACAGUCUGAUAAAGAAGACAAAGGAAUUGUUUCUGAAGCUACUGAAAACAUUGAAGAUCGGAAAAGAGAGACAAAAGAGGUGCAAACAAGUGAAAUCAAAGUAGAAAGAGUGCUCCAAAAAACUCCUAAGAAGAUCAGGAUAGUACAGGCUAAAGUUGUCCUUUUGGAUGGCACAGAAUACAGUUGUGACCUUGAGAAAAAAGCUAAAGGGCAGGUGUUGUUUGACAAAGUGUGUGAGCAUCUUAACCUACUCGAACGGGACUAUUUUGGCUUGUUAUUCCAAGACCCUACAGAUCAGAAGAAUUGGCUUGAUACUUCAAAGGAAAUAAAGAAGCAAAUUCGCAAUUUGCCAUGGCAGUUCACCUUUAAUGUGAAGUUUUACCCACCUGACCCUUCACAAUUAACAGAAGAAAUCACCAGGUACUUCCUUUGUUUGCAGCUUCGUCAGGAUAUUGCUUCUGGACGUCUACCAUGCUCUUUUGUGACCCAUGCUCUGCUUGGUUCAUAUACUUUACAAGCUGAACUAGGUGACUUUGAUCCUGAGGAGCAUGAUAGUGGUUACAUACAGGAAUUCCAAUUUGCACCUAAUCAGACGAAAGAGUUGGAGGAUAAAGUAGUGGAAUUACACAAGACACACAGGGGUUUGACUCCAGCACAAGCAGAUUCCCAAUUCAUAGAAAAUGCCAAGCGGCUAUCCAUGUAUGGAGUGGAUUUACAUCAUGCUAAGGAUUCUGAAGGUGUGGACAUCAUGUUGGGGGUUUGUGCCAAUGGGCUACUCAUUUACAAAGACAGACUUCGAAUAAAUCGUUUUGCAUGGCCCAAAAUUUUGAAGAUUUCUUAUAAACGCAGUAAUUUCUAUAUUAAAAUCAGACCAACUGAACUGGAGCAGUUUGAGAGUACUAUUGGCUUUAAGCUGUCAAAUCAUAGGGCUGCAAAACGAUUAUGGAAGGUUUGUGUGGAGCAUCAUACUUUUUAUAGGCUUUUAUCACCAGAACAGCCUCCAAAAGCCAAAUUUCUGACACUGGGCUCCAAGUUCCGCUACAGUGGACGUACCCAAGCACAAACACGCCAGGCUAGCAAUCUCAUAGAUAGACCUGCCCCAUACUUUGAACGGACCUCAAGCAAACGGAUUUCCAGGAGUCUUGAUGGUGCUCCAGUAGGCAUUGUAGACCAGAGUCUGCUAAAGGAUUUCUCUGUUGCUGCUGGUGAGAGGACCUUUGAAACAGCUGGACAGCACAAGUUAAAAGACGAGGAAGGCAGAGAUGUGGAUGGAGGCAUUGCUAAAAUGUCACAAUUAGAAGAUGGAAAGAUUUAUUCCUUGAGAGUAAAUGGGGAAAAUAUUUAUGUCAGACAUAGCAAUUUAAUGUUGGAGGAACUGGAUAAGACUCAGGAUGAAUUACUGAAGCAUCAGGCUAGCAUUAGUGAACUCAAGCGCAAUUUUAUGGAAUCCACUCCUGAGCCACGCCCCAAUGAAUGGGAAAAACGGCGUAUCACACCUCUAACUCUACAAACACAAGGGAGCCUAGAAGAGGAGAUAGCAUCCAUUUUAUUUAGUAAAGAGGGGUUUUCCACUAGCAUGAAAUCUGCCUUCACUUCAGCUUUCUCGUGGACAGCAGAGGGCGUUGUUGGGAAAGAUAAUAUACCUUCUGAAAAAUUCUCUGCCUCAUCCGUCUCUCAGCUAUUACCUGAGAAAUUUACUUUCCAAACGGAAGAACCUUCCAUUGGAACCAGCAGGAAUAUUAAGAGUUCACAUGAGACUCUGGACAUAGUGGAGAAGAAACAGGCAGAGGUUGGGAUAGCAGACACAAUAGUCACAGAUGAUACCAACGGGGGGAAAAUGCCAUUUGUCUGUGGUGGUGGGGAAAGUCAGAAGAUGGAACAUCUAGCAAAAAAAGACUCUUCAUCACUGUCAUCCAAUAGCAGCAGUAGUGAGAGUGAAGAUGAAGUAGGAGAGUAUCAGCCACACCAGCAGAUUAUACAAGAUACUAUAAAAGAAGAAUUGGAAGAAAAUGAAACUACCAAAGAAGAAGAACAGAGCUCAACAGCAGAUGUUUGUGUUAAAUUUUCAGAAGAAGUCAGUCCAAUUCAAACAGCAAUUGAGCACAAGCAGUUGACUGAAGCUUUGGUCCAAACAAAUGAAGCUUCCAUAAACACAUCAGAAAAGACAAAGUUAGGAAGAUUGGAUGAUGAAGGCCCAAAAGAAGAAAAGGAGGAAGAUCUACCUAAACUAAAUGGAGAAGCAUUGCAUAUUGACAUUGAUGUUUCACCACAAUUAAUUUGUUGCUCAGAGCCUCCACUUAUUAAAACUGAGAUGGUGACGAUUUCAGAUGCUUCACAAAGAACUGAAAUAUCCACUAAAGAAGUCCCAAUUGUUCAGACAGAAACUAAAACGAUCACCUAUGAAUCUCCUCAGUUUGAUGAUGGUGCUGAUGCUGGUAUGUUGUUGAGUGCACAGACAAUCACAUCAGAAUCUGUUUCUACUACCACAACCACACAUAUUACUAAGAUGGUAAAAGGUGGUGUAUCAGAAACCAGAAUCGAAAAGCGUAUUGUUAUCACAGGAGAUGCAGAUCUUGAUCAUGAUCAGGCAUUGGCACAAGCCAUUAAGGAAGCCAAAGAGCAGCACCCUGACAUGUCUGUAACAAGAGUAGUGGUGCAUAAGGAGAGUGAACUUGAAGAGGAAGGCCAUUAAGAUUUAUGAAGAAUGCUUUGAGACUAUGAAGAACUUAAAUAAUUCCAAGUUGAUAUCCCAGCCAGUCUUUCACUGAAUACACCAAGUUCAUCACAGGGACCAAACUUCUCUAGACCGAAUUACCAACCUUACAGUUUUUCAUGUAUGUCUUUGUUUUUAUAACCGAUUUUUAACGUUCUUGGAUUUUUUUUUAACAAGGUAUAGAGAAUUUUUUGUUCAAUUCCCUGCUAUUUUUGUAUAACUGAUUUCUUGUUUGCAUGAAAGUAAGCAAAAAUAUUUAGAAAGCACUGUUUACUUGAGUAGUUUUAAUAUGCAGGGAAAAGGAACCCUGACUAAUUUAGAUAUAGACUUUUUUCAAAAAUGUCUCAAAGACUUAACUGGAAAAAUUUUACUUUUUCAGAUAAAUAUCAAAUAAUACAAGAAAAAUAUUCUUUUUAUUAAAAAAAACAAAAUGUUCUUAUAGCUUGGCAGGGAAAGUAAACUGAAAACCUGUAUGUUUUUAUAUAGAUUCCUAUAUUUAAAAAAAUCUGUUUAUUCUGAUGAUCUCUUAUUUUUUGAGGGAACUGGUGCUGAUAUCAUAUAGAAUCGAUGUUUUAGCUAUUAAAAAAAAACAUUUCUACUGACCAGCCACUGUUCAAGUAGCCUUUUGUUUGCACUUCACUGUCCUCAGCCAGUCCCUUCAGAGAGACCUAUAGGGGUCUGCAACAUUCCAGAGUUGGAAGGACUUUGCUCUGUCCUUCCAGCAAAUUUAGGCAGCUUAAUGCUUUUCUCUUCUUAUGCUAAAUGUCAGAUACUCCAUUAUACAACUGCAUCUGCAGAAAAAGCUUGCUUUGCCUAAAAAAACCAGGGCUGGCAGCGCUUGGGAUUCAAAUGCAGAAAGUGUUUCAGAGCACAAGCUGAAAGCAGCUUGCAGAAUAUAUCUCUCUCUGCAACUCC